AUGAAUGUUCUUCUCCAGGGAGCAGAUAGAUUGGGUAACAAAGGCGAUAGUCACGGGGUCAUCCACCAAUUAGGACACAGGAAAACAGACCAACCGAUGGGACUGACCAACCAAACAGCCAGUCGUGAUCGAAGGUCCGCCCCGGUGAAAGCUUGCCCCAUAGUGGAUCAAUACACUUUGCUGAGUCGCGAUGAUGUCGCAUUGUUAUAUCUUAUGGAACGCUACAGUAUAGCAUGGGCUGGUAUUGUAUGGUGCAGUAUAUUACGGUAUAGUAAGUCGCACACGGAACAAAUUACUUCCUCGAGAAGUAGACUCAUUUACAAUUCAGUCUGGUUUUCACGAGAGAAUCAACUAAAUCUCUCGUUUAUAAUGUUCUACAACUCAAUGUGCCACACUCAGGCCACCUCAUGUUUCAGUUGGCACGAUAGUCGGGAUAUCGCAGUAUAUUUUCAUAAAGGAAACUACUCACAACUGUUAAAGAAACUGCGUGAAAGUUUCUCUUCUGAAAAAAUAAAUCGUUCAGCUGCAACACCCUCCCAUGCCAUGCCACCCGAAGGGAGCACGAGGGCCUGGAUACUGCCAGGGUGCCCAAACCUAGACAGGGGAAAUCGAGAUGCAGAGGUCAGGUUCGAACCAUGGCCCUUUUGUACGCGACGAAAACAACAUUUCGGUGCAGUGCUGUCAAUCCCGGACAAGGGUGAAAUACCUGGACUAUACUUACUUGCCCUUCAGCAUUGCCAGAUUGGUGAAAUUUCAGUCGAGGCUUCACAAUACUCAUAUCCCAAAGUCGAUAGCAAACUGCGAAUCGAAGCGUAG